UGUGCCGUGUGCCAUCAGGAUCAGCUCUCAGUGUUAGGACACUUGAGGAAUGGCCUCUGAACGGGAUGAAACCAACACCACCAGUAACCACACAAACCAGUUCGUGCAGCCCGCGUGGCGCAUCGCCCUGUGGUCGGUGCUGUACAGCACUGUGCUCGCUGUGGCGGUUUUCGGAAACUUGAUCGUGAUUUGGAUCAUCCUGGCUCACAAGCGGAUGAGAACUGUCACAAACUAUUUCUUGCUGAACUUGGCUUUCUCCGAUGCGUCCAUGGCGGCGUUCAACACCCUCAUCAACUUCAUCUACGCUGCGCACGGAGAGUGGUACUUUGGAGAAAUCUACUGCAGGUUUCACAACUUCUUCCCAGUCACCGCGGUGUUCGCAAGCAUCUACUGCAUGGCAGCGAUAGCUAUGGACAGGUACAUGGCCAUCAUCCAUCCCCUGAAGCCUCGUCUGUCGGCGAAGGCCACCACGGGAGUCAUCGUGUGUAUCUGGAGUCUGGCCGUGGUUCUGGCCUUCCCUCUCUGCUACUUCUCCACCAUCCGAACGCUGCCCCGCAGGACCCUCUGCUACGUGGCCUGGCCCCGCAUGGCAGACGAUUCCUUCAUGUAUCAUAUUAUUGUGACCGUUCUGGUCUACGUGCUGCCCCUAGUGGUGAUGGGCAUCACUUACACCAUCGUGGGAGUGACUCUGUGGGGAGGGGAGAUCCCAGGAGACUCGUCUGAAAACUAUCACGGACAGCUCCGGGCUAAACGGAAGGUGGUGAAGAUGAUGAUCAUCGUGGUGGUGACCUUUGCCCUCUGCUGGCUGCCCUAUCACGUCUACUUCAUCGUGACGGGUCUCAACAAGAGUCUGAGCAAGUGGAAGUACAUCCAGCAGGUUUACCUGUCAGUGCUGUGGCUGGCCAUGAGCUCCACCAUGUACAACCCCAUCAUCUACUGCUGCCUCAACAGCAGGUUCCGUGCUGGAUUUAAGCGUGCGUUCCGCUGGUGUCCCUUUGUGCAUGUCUCUUCCUACGAUGAGCUUGAGCUUCAAAACACGAGACUUCGACCCGGGAACCAGAGCAGCAUGUGCACCCUCUCCCGAGUCGACACCAGCAUCCUCAGCAAAGACAAGAGUCUCUGUUCCCGUGGAAACAGGUCAAGACUCAACUCUGAGCCUAACAAUAAAAACAGUUAGCUCUCAGUCCACACAACACUUUUAAAGUUUUUUUUUUUAACCAUUAUGAGAAAUGCUGACAGGAUUGUUUUUAUGUACUUUAAAAAGCAGAUAAAUGGGUGUGGUUCAAAUGUUUGAAUUUGUCAUAUUGCCACAGAGAUAAUCAGACCAGGAGGGGGAGCUGGAGAGUCGGCUCGAUCUUGCCCUGGGUUUUAAAAAGACGUUGAUGCGUUUGUUUCAACAGGAUUAUUGUAUUGUUUUUGCAGCUUGGCCUGUUGAUGGGAGUCAUGCAUCAACAAAUGUGACACACAGCCUACACAGGAAAUACGGUGCGCUAACUCCAGCCUGAACACAAAGACAUAACAUGUUUUUAGAGUCUGUGAUAUAACUGCUUUUGACCAGCUAAACACCUGCCGAGAAAUGUAAGAAAACAACGUUGCAACUGCCAAACCCACAAGAUAUAUCUGUACAUCCAAUUACAACUUUUAGUCCAGCAACUCCUGAAGACUGUUUGUGGUCCAAAUGUUCCUUAAUGUGAAAUAAUAGGCUGAGUAAUGAGUCCUUUUCCAAUUUAGCAAAAAUAGAAAAAACAUAUUGAAACGUAAUCCAAUUUGCUAAAUAAUAAAAGCGUUUGUCUCCCUGUUCUGUUAUUAGUGACAAAUGAUCUGAUAUCUUUAGACUUUGAUGCCUUUCAUUUAUUUAUAGGGUUUAUUUCAAGGUGCCAUUUUUUUAAAGGAAAGACUCCUGCACAAACAUACACGGCAUGACCAAUUUACAAAAAAAAAUAUCAAAUGAACGUGAGAACAUUUUGGUCCCUCUGAACAUACUCGACAAAGGUUCAGAGAGACCGAAACGUUGUGAUUCUUUCCAAUAAAUUGGUGAUGCCGAGCAAGAAAAGUGUGCAGGAAUUUCUCUUUUCAAAGUGAUAGUUUGAUGUAAUUCGCACCUACUUCCUAGGCUAGUUGGCUGAGUUUAAUGUUUUAAAUGCUGUU